AUGGUGCUGAAUCAGACAGGUACGUUUCUAUGGUAAGGGCUUCUGUAUACUACCCUUGUGACGUUGGCUAUUAGUUCUGUUGUAUUCAAAUUUCGAUGACAUUCAUUUAAAUUUUGUAAUUCCAAAGUUAAAAAUAGACGAUGACGUUGCUUGCGGGACGUGUUUACAAUAAGUGUACUUUGCAAACAUUUCUUUGAAUUGUCAUCUAUGGUGUUCUUGUUAUACUAUUAAAAAUAGAUCUUCUCAAAUUCGGUCGAAAAGUUUAUAGAAAAACAAAAAACUAACGUCAGACCAAACAACUGUUAGAACUUUGAGAAAAAGUACAGUAAGAUUUAAGAAAUUAUAUGAUGACUAAAUAUUUUAUUUCAUAUUUAUAUAGUUACCAGAUAAAUUGUCAUUUUUGGUCAAAAAGUUGAUACAAAUUAUUUUUUAAAGUAUUUUACGAUGUUUGUAAACAGCGUUUUCUCAUAAAAUAUUAAGUAAAAUCAUAAAUUUUGAGACUAUAACUUGUAAAUUUCUGCUCUUAACUAAGUCAAGAACUUCUUGAAACUUCUUCUGCCUUACUUCAAUAGUAUUCUUGUUUUUCCAUUCAGUUUUUGACCAAACCAAGAAUUUGCAAAGUUAGCCUAACAUACAAACAGGCCCAAGUUGUGCUCGUAAAACAAAGCCAUGUUUACUGUGCUACAAUAAACAAAGCCGAGGCGGAAUAACAUCUUGCAUUUCAGCCAUGUUCCUGGAAGCGUAUCCCUCGCUGAAAGAGCCGGACCCUGGUAUCUUCGUGGUGACCGGUAUCUUCCUCGUGUGCUUUAUAGUGGGCAUCUGCGGUAAUGCCUCCACUCUCACCAUCAUCUUGGACAUGGGUACACCGAAGAAGGUCAAAAAGAUUCGAGAAACCCCACAGGACAGCUUCCGGGUAUAUGUGGCGUCGUUGUGCGUCGUAGAUACGUUAAUGUUGUUAAGUUUGCCAUCAAGUGAGUGUAAAGAACUACAACUUCUCUUUAAAUAAUGUAAUAGUCCAAUUCCAUAAUUUAUACUCCUAUAGAGCUCCUAUGUUAAUAUCAAGCUAUAAUAAUAUAAAUCAAAAAUAAAAACCGACCUUUCGUUCACACUUCACGUACUUGUUUAAUUACCUAACGUAUGUCAUUUGAAGCUAUUGUUGACUCCUUAAUUGGCUUCUGGAUCUUCGGAACAGCCGUAUGCAAAUUCCACCACUUUUGCGGGUCGGUUGGAAGAAUCGCCUCAACUCUUGUCGUAAGUUACUGCUGUAAUAAAACUAUUAUAAUAUUGUGUUUAUGAGCAACUUAAUGGGAGACAACUUUUAGAUAACGUCGAUGAGCAUAGACCGGUACCUUGUCGUCGUAUCUCCACAGAAGCUGAACCAAAGAUCAAGUAAAACAACUCUUGUCAUCAUGUUAUUGCUGUUUGCAUCAGCGUCAUUGUUACUCAUGCCUCUACUAGUGAGUUAUAGCACCCAAAUUAUUGGUAAUAAUAUAAACUUGAAGUAAUAUGUUUCACAAUAGCAGCCAAUUUAAUCUUUCAGAUCUUCGCCAAAGCCCAGAAGGUUCUUCUGUUUGAAUCCGAGACCAAAGAAGGUCAUCUAGUGCAGAUCAGGAUCUUCAAGUGUCUGGAUAACAUGCCCACCAACUUGUUGUUCUGGUUCACUGGGUCCACCUUCUUCUUCGGCUACUUCUGCCCCAUCAUUGUGAUCACGUUGUUCAACAUUCUACUGCUCAUCAAGAUACGAAGCCAUCAACAGAAGAUGUCCACCAAGAGCAUCAUCCCCAUGAGGAAGGUCACGAUCUACAUCAUGAGCAUCGCCUUGUUCUACUUCAUGUGCUGGACACCGUACUGGAUGAGCGUAUUGUAUGUCAGCUACGUAGACCUGUUCGAAUCCAGAACCAUAAAGACGUUGACCAACAAGUCGGAGCACAUCAUGUUCUUGGUCUACUGUGCCCACAUCUUCCCCUACAUCAACACCGCCCUCAACUGGUUACUGUACGGUAGACUGGCGAGGAAUCUAAGGGGAAACAAACGCGACAACAAUCAAGUAGCAUCGAAUGGAGGUCCGAGUAUGUACAAUGGAGAAUGUGACUCCUACUCACGGCGACUGAUUGACAUUCACCCGAAGAAGAAUGACAAUCUCGACCUCAAGCUGAUUCAUCCACUAACACAAGAUGGCGACGACUACUCCAACGACUACAGAGAGCCCGACUACACAUAA